GGUAUGUCGUCAAGGGUUCCGACUAUUUUAUACUGUAUUAGUUGCGCGCUGACGGUUUGCUUGGCGGAAAAAGGGCUGAUCUUUGAAUAUUAUUAUUGCUGAAGAAUGACCCCCUGCCUUUGUCAAUCACGUACUUUAACCAAUAUAAUGUCGUGAUACCAUGGCAACCAACUCGUCUCCAGACACAGCCAACAAUUCAGACUUUCAUCGCAAGUCGUCAUCACCAUUUCUGAAGGAUCUGGAGGUCACUGAGGAACUGCGUCAGUUGCGGCUGAAAAUUGCAAGACUUCAAGAUGAACAUCAGUCGGAAAUAGAAUCAAAUACUGAGUUGAGAAAGCGUGUCACUCAACUUGAAAAUGAGAAACUCAACUUCACAGCGAGUUCUAACGAGGAGGUGAACCAGCUGCAGGCUCAAAUAGCCAAGUUCCGUGCCCAGUUUGAGAAGAGCGAAGCGGCGAGACAGCAACUGGAGUACGAGAUUGUGGUCGCCAAGCGAGGAAUCUCACAAGAGAAGAACCUCGCCGCUGAACGAGAGGACAGUCUGAAUACCAUCAUUGAAACUCAUAGAGGUAAGAUCAGUGAAUUGACAUCCCAAGUUCAAGAUCUCCAGUCAAGUCUCGUGAGUCAGCGACGCUUCGCUGAUGAUACGGAUGUAAAGCUUCGUGUUUCCCUUGAGGAGAAAGAUAGAGAAGUCCAGGCAGUGAAAGCUGAGAGAGAUGUCAUCCGUAGUGAGAAAGAGCAACUAGAACAGGUCUUCCAUGAACAAGAGAACAUCUAUGCAGAAACUCAAGAAAAAGUCAAUGAGCUGAAGACAGAGAGAGACACCCAGACAAACACGGUGAGGCAACAGCUGAGAGAGCUGCAGUAUGCUGCCGAGAGGGAGGACAGACUCAAGAAAGAAGUGGAGGUAGCAGCGGGUAGAAUCAAGACUCUGGAGGGAACAAUCGAGGCAGAAAGAGCCGCUCAUUUGGAGUCCAAAUUCAACUCGGAGCUGGUUCAGCUUCAAGCCAGAGAUCUGAAGGGAGCAUUAGAGGUGGAGAAAUCAGCUCACUCAGAGGUGGGGCACAACAAUGAAAUCAUGACAAAGCAGCUCAGGGAUCUGGAAGUAGUCCUAAAUGAUGAAAGAAGUGCUGCAAGUAGCAUGAAACAACAAGCAGAAAGCUUUUCCCGAGAGAACGAACUACUCAAGCAACAGCUGAAUGCAGAGACAAGCAGCAAGAAAACCAUCAUCACUAACAUGUCAGCUCAGCUUGAAAUCCACCAGAAGAAUUUUGAUGAACUCAAACAGGAACUCAGCAGGGCCAAGAAGCGACAGGUUUACCUUGAGCAGACCUACGGUGGCAGUAUGCGAGAGCUUGAACUCCUCCUUCACAACUUCCAACUGAACGGCGACAAGACAACCUCCUCAAGACGGGGCAAGACAAAGAAGGGUGAUUCUAAGACCAACGAGAACCUAUCACCGAUGCUGGUCCUGGAGACACUCAGACAUACCCUGACGGACUACCAGAAACGACUGGACAUGACGUCACAGGAGCUUGCCAAAAUGAAAACCCGGUCUGACAUGAUGGCAACUGAGUGUGAGAAGUAUAAAGAGGUGACGUGGACAAGGAGCCAAACAAUGCAGGAUCUUCAGAAGAAAUUCAGCAGUGGCUGUAAGGAACUAGAGCAGCUACGCCGUCAACUGAGCGAGAGUGAGUCCCAAGUGACAUCACUCAAGAUGCAGCUACAACAAACGACGCAUCAUGGAGAAAUGGAGGGCAGCAAAGCAGCUGAGAUGAUGGAGGAAUAUGGGAGACGAGUCAAGGAGUAUCAGGAUGAGGAAGAGAAGCGACGGAUCUACCUUCACAGCUUGUACCAGCGCAUCAUGGCGGGCAGAAUUGUCUUGGAUCCUAAGGAGCCCAUCUUAAGCAGCUUCACAUGGGAUGAGCUGAGUAUCGCUGUCCAAGAUCAGAUCGUCGGAUUGAUGACGGGACUGAACCGAGCCAACGAGAAGGUAUCACAUCUUGAGACAGUGAUUCACAACAAAGACGAGCUACUACGAGAGGUACAACAUUCCCACGAGGAAAGCUUGGAGAGGCUUAGCGUCAAGGGAAAAGAACAAGAGAAGAAAUGGCAACAUCAACGCUCACAGCUGGAGGAACAAUUCAGCCAGCAGUUGGCCGAUCUACACAUCAAAUCACAGAAAACUCAAACUCUUGCCGACCAAGCUUGGGAGAAAGCUCGACUGACCGGAACAGUCAAGCAAGGCUUAGAAGCUGAAUGCACGGAGCUGAGAGAUCAACUGACCCUGGCGACGAGGGAACGAUCGAGGCUCCUGAUUGGCUGCUGUCUGAUGGCCGGCGCCCUCAUGCCAAUGUUCUCUAGAGUCAGUCAGCUUGCUGCUCAGAGAGCGUCACUGGAGGAACAGGUCCAUGGACUGGAGACAAUGAGGAGACAGGCCCAGGAGCUAGCCAACACUCUGUCCAUGGAGGUCAAUGACCUGAAGAAGGAUUAUCAGGACAACAAGCGGCCGGCCAGGAAUCUAGUCAUGCUGUUCAGAAAAGCCGUCAUUGUGGUCCUAGCAGCGAACAGAUUGCAUCACUUCGGUCUGAGGAGUUGUGGCAUCUUCACAGCAGUAGACAAUCCGUCAGGUAUUCAUUCCGUCCCCGUCUGCUCUGGUGAUGUCAAACAGCCACAGAGACCGUUCACUGGUUUGAGAUCAUCACCUGACAAGCGCAGUCACAGGAGCCAUGUACAGAGCAACGUCUCAGGGUGGUUGACUAGCUCCGUGUUACUGACUGCUGUGGUGGAUUCGUGCUCGGAACUUCAUGAGCUUCUCAGUGAUAAAGAUGAGUCCAAGUCCCAGCCCCAAACCAUCAGCAACACAGCCAAGUCAUGCUUCAUCAAACUCAUGUCCAAGCUGACGCCCAUUUUUGAGGCGUCCUGUCUCCACCCCUCAAGGCGGAGUUACGGAACGAGGGACAAAGGGAUGCUAGUCCGUCUCCUUGGGUAUGGUCUGAGUCGGGGAAUCACUCACUCUAACAUCGAUGGAACGAGGAACAUGACGUCAUCACAGGAAAUCAUGGCAUGUUUGCAGCGCAACAUCAUCAACUUCACUCAGCGUCUGCACACAGCGGAGGUGGAGAGACGAUCCUUGAGGCUGGAAACGGCCAAACUCAGACAAGAGAACGACGAGUUGAAGAUGGAGACAGAGAGAGCGAAAGGCAUGGAGAAUGAAAUCACACAACUCAGAGAUGUAAGGCAAAACAUGGUCAUGCGAGAAAAGUUUGACAGCGUCUGCCAGGAACUGAGCAAAGCGUUGUCACGGGAACAGCAAGCCCAAGAUUUACUGAACGAACAGAGUCGACAACUAGAGGAGUUAGGAAUGAGAUUAAACAUGUACACCACGGAGGAAUUAGAGAAGGAUGCGACCAUUACGGAAGCUGUCAAGGGUUUGUCUGAAGCCAAGAUGGAGCUACGUCGCAAGGAUCAAUCCAUCCAUCAACUCAGCAAGAAAUUGUCUGCCCUUGAGGAAGAGAAGAAGUCGCUUCAAUGCAGUGUGCAAGACGUGCAGAGCGUGCUACGAUCCUCUAACAAAGACAAGGACAAGUUGGCAGGCUAUUUGCAGGCUGUUCAAGCAGCUGUGGAGGAUACAAAGCGACAGCUGAUUGGUCGAGCUGAUAAUCGAUCCAUCGAUGCAGCACUCAGACAGGUGUUGAUUCAUCCAGAGGAGCGAGGACUUGAUGGUAUAAGUGCUGAGGUUAUUGCAAUAAAGAGUCUCGUGGCAGCAUUUGUGGAUACGGUACAAACAGCUUUAUCCCGUCUGGUUGCCUUGGAAACAGAGAUCGCAUCCCACAAGCAGCACAUUGCAACAAUGAAGGAGGAAUUGAAUGCGGCCUGCAGACGGGCCUAUCCUGAUGAGGAACAGGAGCAACUUAGAGAUGGUUUCUUGAGACACGAUGCUUCAAGAAUCCCUGAGCGAUCCUUUGGAAGGUCGCGACCUCUGUAUGAGACGGACAGAAGCUACAAGGAGCAGUUUAUACCCCUCAGAGAGGAGCCAGAUUUCAGCAUGAUGACACAAGAGGGCGCUAGUGGAAUGAAGCCAAGUCCGUACACAGCUCAGACAACGCCACUUGCAACAAGUACACAGAGGAAAUCAACCAAUAGGGGAAGACAUUUCAAUCAUCGCUAAACAAUCACUCUGUCGUCACAACUGGUUUUGUAGUCCACAUGUGUUAUCCCUGCUUGCCUCGGAAGAAAUGAAUUUCUUCCUGAUGAAUUUUUGGAUGAACGUCAAAAACUUCUGUCAAGACACUCUCGUGUGCGCUACAAAUCUAUUUUUUAUCCAUUGGCCAACACACUGUCACUUUGAUGAAGCUCAGUUGUAUGUAAAUUGAGAUUCCAAUCAUCUUGCAGCUAUGAAUGGACUUCUCUGCAGUACAAUUUUUCAGAGUACAAUUAUUUUAGCUGGUUAUCAAAUCUUUAUGAAAUAAUUUUUAUUGAAUACUUUUUAUUUGAUGCAGAUUUUCUGCAGAAACAAAGAGUCUUUUUUUAAACUUGAGACAACAAGCUGACGUGUCAGCUCAAAUGUUUAUACCUGUGUUACGGUUGCCAUGCAUUUGACCGAGUAUUAAAGUGUUUUUAAACUCCAAAGCCCAAAAAUUGCCUUUUUCCCUUUCAAAUUUCAGGAAAGAAAUCUGCCAGAAAUAUUAUCUUUGACUGCUGAUGCUUUGUACAAGAUUUUUGCUUUGUAAACAAAAUACAUGUAGCUAUAAAUGUGUGUUGGGUGUGUGGACUUGUGCUGUGCCUAUCAAACAAACAAUGCAAUCAAAUAACAGAAUUAUAAUUAUAAUCUGAAUACCAAGAUCAAACGUCAAUGUUAAAUCUAGGAACAAAUUCUUCUUAAAGUUUGGAAUUUCUGAACAAAUUGUACUACUCUAGUACAACUACCAGUUGCCUGUAUGAACAAGUGUUUCCUUAAUACUUCGCACCUGUUUUUGACAUUUCGUCAGGAGGUCUGUUUAAUUGCCACUUUGAAAUAUGUGUAAAUAUGUGUCGUGGAUGUUUUAUUGAUGCCUUGCUCGACAGUGCGAACAUACUUGAACAUUUUAAAAUGAAAUUUGUAUUUUUAUCACUAGUGACUAGAGUGAUAAAAUUUGACAUGGCUACUGCAAUAAUUCAUGACUAUUUCACGAUUUUUCCAUUUUGCUUAGCAAAAGCUUGUUUUUAUCUGUAUAUAUUUUUGUAAAGGAGUGAAAUGUGUACAUAAGGAGUUGUAAGAUGUUGACAGCUGAAUGAACAAAUAAAAACUUUGUGCUUUCGCUA